AUGACUCAAACAGCGAAGCUGUCGGAAAGACGCGCUCGACUGAAUUGGUCUCCGUCUAUUUUACAACUUCGCCACCCUCACAACCAGCAAACUCAGUUCACCAUGCAGUUCAACGUUUUACCAGCAUUGAUGCUCAUCAUUGCCGCUUCAGCAAUCCUCGAAGCCACCGCUGUGCCCAUCGCCAACAUCAUGCGCUUCAAAGGCUUCACUUCGAAGACCCUCGCCAAGAACACCACUACCGCGAACGCAACUGCGGCUGGGCAACCCGUCGGUACCAAGCAGAUGGCCAAAGGAUUCGGCUGGUAG